AUGGGACGAGAUGAAUUCAGGGUACAGACCACCACCCACCAAACAGGCGCGAGACCCAGAACAGUUAGACGCCACCCUUACGUGGACGGGAUCAUGGAGGUAGAACUUCCUGCAUGCUGGAAGGGAUUGACUAUGAGCCAGUACGAUGGCACUACUGAUCCAGAGGAGCACGUGGACGUAUUCACCACCCAAGCAAGGUUGUACACUUCAGAUGAUGCAAUUCUUUGUCGUGUGUUUCCAACGUCCCUGAAGGGUCCUGCACUCAACUGGUUCACACGAUUACCACCUAACUCUAUUGAUUGUUUCGAUACGUUGGUCACCCGUUUCGGCAUUCAGUUCACCACCAGUAAGCCACACCAUCUCACUUCUCUGGUGUUAGUAAAUAUACGACAGGAGAAGGGAGAAUCUCUGCGAGAGUUUAUGGAGUGCUUCGGGAAGAUAUUGUUGAAUAUCUCUAAUAUAAAUCCUGAGGUCGCCAUGCACCACCUUGUAAGAGCGUUAAAGCUUGGCCCGUUCGUUGACAGUCUAUGCAAGAAGCCUGUGAGCAAUCUGGACGAGCUUCGAACCAGGGCAACCAAAUUUAUGCAGAUGGAAGAAUUAAAGGAGUUUCAUAGUACGACCCAAUCAGACACUCGGAAAAAGAAAUACAUUGACAGAGAAAGGGUGUUAGCGCCGCGACCUGACAGUAGGUUCAAGGACUCUAGACAACCAAAGUACAACAGGUACACACCCCUCGUGUCUAAUAGAGUGAGAAUUUUGGAGGAGGCCUUGAAUGCCGACCUAAUAGCAACCCCUCAAAGGGUCACGACUCCUCCAAACGCGGAUACCACUAAGCAUUGUCGGUAUCAUCGGAAUUAUGGGCACACGACGAAGGAUUGUUUUACCAUGAAAGAUAAAAUCGAAGAGCUUAUACAAGCAGGACACCUGAGAAGAUUUGUCAAACAGGAGGAAGGGGGAUUCUCUUCCAGAGAAGAGCGAGAAGGUAGAUAUGAGGAGCGACCACGAAGAACGUCAGGGUACCAGGAGAGGCGAGAAGAAGGCACCAGAAGGAGGGUUGAGCUCGAGAAAGAUGAUGAACAGGAUGUGAGGGAGAAGCCAUUGAGAGGGGUGAUCAACUAUAUAUCAGGAGGCUUUACAGGAGGCAGAGCCAUUAUGUUCGCGAGGAAAAAGUACAUCCGAGCAAUCCAUAAUGUCAAUGUCGUAUCUACAUGUCCCUAG